AUGGAUUUCUCAACAAAAAUAUGCGUUAUUUGCCUUGGAAUAUCUAUAAUUACACUUUUUACAUUAUUAUUAUCAUCUUUUAACUCAUUAGAAGUAAAUGAAUACGGUCUUGAUUAUAGUUCAAUAUCUAAAUCAAUUGGAAAAAAGCCUUAUUCAGCAGGAAUACAUUUUUUAGGUGUUGGACAUAGUUUUAUAAAAUUUCCAAAAACAGUUUUGAAUUUAGAGUAUAGUAAUCAUUAAGGAGCUGAUUAUGGUCCUAUAAGAAGUAGAACAUCAGAUGGUUUAGAAGUUAUUUUAGAAAUAUCUUUUUAAUAUAAGCUUAUAUAUGAAGAUUUAUUUGAGUUAUAUAAUAAUUAUAGAGAAAAUUAUUCAAAUAUUUUCUCACAUAUAGCUAUUCAUACAUUAACAGAAAAUACAACUGAAUAUACCGCAUACAAUUUUUUUGUUGAUAUUUAAAGAAUAGGUGUGAAAAUGCAAGAAGCUUUAAAUAAAUAAUUUAAAAUAUAUUGUUAUUCUACUAUAGAAUUUUUUAAUUAAGAUCUGUUGAUUUACCUGAUGAAUUCGAAAAAGCUAUUUAAGUUUCCGAAGUUAUUAAAUAAAAUAUUUAAAAAGCUUAAGCUUAAAAAAGUCGAACACUAGUCGAGCUAGAAACUCUUAAGAUGA